AAGCGACAUAUCCACCUCCCAGCCUGACAUGACUCUGCCGCAGACGCAACAGAUCAUAGCCAUCAAGGCAAUUACGAAUUCACCUAUAUAUUAGAUAACACAACAAUGCAGGUUUUUCCACUGAAACUGCGUGCCUUGAUAUCUACUCAUCCUCCAUGGCGAGCCUCAUCUCUCUCCCUUUAUACGAAAAAACACCUCUUAAAAACACUCUGCAAAGAACCUUGGAUAUCAUAAUCUUUUUCCUACUCCUUUCUCUCCUUACUUAUCGUCUCCUCCACCUCAAAAACCAUGGGCCCACUUGGCUCCUUGCCUUCCUAUGUGAGUCAUGGUUCACCUUCGUUUGGUCUCUAGUCCUCAACAUAAAAUGGAAUCGUGUGAUAUUCAAAACUUACCCGGACCAUCUCUUGCAAAGGGGAACUGAUGAGCUUCCCUCAGUGGACAUGUUUGUGACAACUGCGGACCCUGUGCUAGAACCCCCUAUCAUCACUGUAAACACAGUGCUGUCUUUGUUGGCAGUAGAUUACCCAGCCCACAAGCUUGCUUGCUAUGUAUCGGAUGAUGGCUGUUCUCUUCUUACCUACUAUUCCCUUGUCGAGGCCUCAAAGUUUGCCCAACUUUGGGUACCUUUUUGUAGGAAGUAUGAUAUUCAAGUUAGAGCUCCUUUUAGAUACUUUUCCAAUGAUCCUAUUAUAACGUUCAGUGAUAGCACAAAGGAGUUCCAACAUGAAUGGAAAAGGAUGAAGAAUGAGUAUGAGCAGCUUUCCAACAAAAUCGAGGUGGCGGUCAAAAACUCUGUUCGACCAUGUGAUUUUACAGGGGAUUUUGCAGAAUUCUCAAAUGUAGAACGCAGAAACCAUCCAACUAUUAUUAAGGUUUUGUGGGAGAAUAAGGAAUGCCUUCCGGAUGGGUUACCCCAUUUGGUGUAUAUAUCUAGGGAGAAGAAGCAUAAGCAUCCACAUCAUUACAAAGCGGGUGCCAUGAACGCUCUAACGAGAGUCUCUGCAUUGAUGACGAACGCUCCGUACAUGUUAAAUGUAGACUGCGAUAUGUUUGUGAACAAUCCAAAAGUCGUUCUACAUGCAAUGUGCGUGUUAUUGGAUUCCAAGAGUGAAUCAGAAAUUGCAUAUGUUCAGUUCCCGCAACGAUUCUACGAUGGAUUAAACGAUGAUCCUUAUGGCAAUCAGCUGGUGGUUUUGUUCGAGUAUAUAGCACGUGGAAUAGACGGAAUUCAAGGACCGAUUUAUGGCGGAACAGGUUGUUUUCACAGAAGGAAGAUUAUCUAUGGUUUAUCCCCAGAUAAUGUAGAUUCAAUUGAUGGAAAAUUGGCUGAGGCUUUGCUUUCAGGAUUUGGGCAUUCAAAGGAGUUUAUCAAAUCAGCUGUUGAUGCUUUAAAAGGAAAAACUGGGCAUGAACCAAACAUUAAUCUUCACAGCUAUGUGGAGGCAACGUACCAAAUAGCCAGUUGUGGGUACGAGUAUGGCACUAGCUGGGGUACAAAGAUGGGUUGGAUCUAUGGAUCUACAGCAGAGGACGUCAAUACUGGGCAAAUGAUUCAAAAGAAGGGUUGGAGGUCUGCCCCUUGUACGCCAGACCCACCUGCCUUUCUAGGGUGUGCCCCCUCGAGCGGCCCUGCUACAAUGACCCAACAAAAGAGGUGGGCUACCGGGUUGCUUGAGAUUCUAUUCAGCAAAAGUUGUCCCAUAUUUGCCUCCCUUUCUGCAAAGCUCCAAUGGAGGCAAUGUGUGGCCUAUCUGUGGAUCCUCACUUGGGGUCUACGCCCCAUCUUCGAGUUAUGCUAUGCUGCCCUUUCUGCCUAUUGCAUUAUUGCCGACUCCCACUUCUUACCCAAGGUCCAAGAACCAGCUCUAUAUAUACCGGUUUCUCUCUUUCUAACUUACAACAUAUACACUUUAUCCGAGUACUUGAGAGCUGGCCAGUCGGUGCGAGCUUGGUGGAAUAACCAGAGAAUGGCAAGAGUAACCAUAAUGACAGCAUGGUUAUUUGGAUUUCUUAGUGUUCUUCUCAAGCUCUUAGGAUUAUCCGAGGCAGUCUUUGAGGUUACACAAAAAGAACAAGCCUCUAAUGAUGGUGAUGAUAAUGAUGUCGGUCGGUUCACGUUCAAUGAGUCACCCAUUUUUGUACCAGGGACAACCAUUUUGCUAGUUCAUUUGACUACUUUGGUAGUGAGCUUGUUAAAGUUGCAACAUACACCAGCUUAUGAUGGCCGGCAUGCAGGAUCGGGGCUAGGGGAGGCUUUUUGUAGUGCGUGGUUAGUGCUAUGCUUCUGGCCAUUUUUCAAGGGGCUUUUUGGAAAAGGAAAGUAUGGGAUUCCCAAAGCCACCAUAUACAAGUCAGCCACUUUGGCAUUUCUAUUUAUGUAUUGGUGCAGACGAAUUGCAAUGGGUUGACGUACACUUUGGGUAUACAUGUAAUUCUAUUAUUGUUUUCUCAGAA